AUGUUGUCUUCGCAGGCGUCCUUGCUGGAGACGGUUUCCAACGACUUUUUCGGUCUGCCGAUGGUGACCCCCUCCGCCUCGGCCGCCCGGGCCAACACGUACUUUUCUUCGGGGGCGUACGGCCUGGGGGGGAAGGGGAGCUACCUCUUCGGCGUCCAGCCGGACGUUUUCUCGGAGAUGGAGGCGCUCGCGAGGCUGAUCCUGGAUAUGAAGGUGGAGAGAGACCUGGAUCGCGGCUGGUACCGCACCACCGAGCGUGUGUCCAUGAUAUACUCCGACGACACAUACGGGGCUGUUGCCGCCUCCGCGUUCGUUCGCGCCGUGAGACGGACGGAGGGGAUGAACAUUGACUCCACUGCGGCGGGGGAAAUGCCGUCGUCAAUUGAGCUCGCGAAGAGCGAGCCGGUGAACACGAUCCUGGGGACAGACUACCGACCGACCUUGUCAGCCUUGGUGGAGGACCGUGCGUCCAUUGUGGUUCUCCUGUCCGAGGGCUACGACGGUACUUUCGUCAGAUCGGUGCUUGAGCAGGCACUCGAGGUCGGCCUUGCCAACGAGGACGUGCAGUGGUACCUCAGCGGAGCUUCCGCCAUGGACGGAAUCUUCUCGCACAACGAGUCCUACCACGACUCUCAGCUUGCUUACGACUUCCGGGGCAUGCUGGGAGUCAGAGCAUGCCCCGCCAUCCAAGGGUCGGGGUCUGAAGCUCUGGCAAACCUUACUUCCAGGUGGGAGGCCCUAGACAGCGACAAGUACCCGGGGGCAGGCAUCGGGACCCUGACUCCAGGGGGAAGGUUGGACCCUCUGCUCGCGUACGCGUACGACGCUGCCUUUGUCCUGGCCACGGCAGUGGCGGCCGUGCAGUCGACGGCAGCGGAUUGGGGAGGCGUCUUGGAGGGGUUCGUGACGGGAAAGGCGGCGGGGCUCUGGCAGGACGGGGCCUUCAUCAGGGAGGCCGCGCUCGGGACCGAGAUCGUCGGGGUCACCGGCCCGGUGGCCUUCCGGGAGUCGGCCUCAACCGUCACGAGCGGCGCCGGCACGGCGGGCUCCGGGUGGCGGCGGACCAACGGCACCGAGUUCUGCGCGCUGAACCUGCAGGCGCACGCCUCCCUCGGCGCGACCUUCGAGGCCACCAUGCUCUGGAGGCCGGAGACCUUCGUCGACACCAACGGGACGCUUGCCACGUUCGAGAAAAUCAGUCCGAAUCAAAAGAACCAGACUUUCCCCUCAGGGGGCGACGUAUAUCCGUUCGAUAGGCCCACCUUAAGCCGUCAGCAUUUCGAGGUCAUCACCGAAGAGGCCACCGUUCCAUUCGCGUUCAUCACUCGUCGAGAAAACCAAACGGAAGAAUACACAGGAAUAGCCCUGGAUUUGCUCGAGGUUCUCUCUGGCCGACUAGGUUUCACGUACAACAUAUCCGUGGCGAACUCUUCUGUCUCCACCGAUGAGGUCAUUGGCUACGUCUCGAACGGGACCUACGACAUGGUGGCGUCAUGGGUUACCAUCAGCGAGCGCCGACUGGACACAGUGUCGUUUUCCUACCCUUUCAUGGCGACGGGGCUGUCCUUCGUCUACCGACCUGAGGUUCUUGACAAGGUAAACUGGUGGAAAAUGUUCCAACCGUUCGAGCGGCAGCUCUGGAUUCUCAUCACCGGGACGACGGUGGUGAUGGUCGCGCUACUUUGGCUCUUCGAUGGCGCAAAGAACGAGAUUUUCACGGACGGGGUGCCCACGGCGACCGGCAGCAAACGGCGGCUCUCAUCGGGCAUGGCGAUGUCGUCGUACGUGACGGGGGCCCUGCUGAUGGGACAGAUGGUCCACGCGCCCUACACCGUCGAGAGCUAUAUUCUGACAUCGGGAUGGAUGUUCGCGUGCUUUAUCCUUGGGGCGUCCUUCACCGCCGAGCUGGCGUCAUUCCUUGCUGCAGAAAAGGAGGAGGCCCUGUCUUUCGGGGUGGACGAUCUAAAGAAUGGGGCAGUGCCACAUACGCAGGUGGCGGUGCGGCAAGAGGACACUCUGCAAGCGUUCUACGAGGAGGAGAUCAUGGGUUGCUACGGGGAAGCGGAAUGCUACGGAGGCGGAGACCAAAACGUUCCGGUCACGUGCUACACGAUCGAUGAAUGCUUUGAGUUGGUGGAUAACGAGACCGUCAAGGUAACCCUCGUGGACUCCAUCACGGCUGCGUACCGAGUGGCCGACGAGUACUGCGGCCUAGACAUCCUAUCCGAAACCUUCAACAAAGGGCACUUCGGAUUGGUUCUGGAGAAGGACUCGCCCUACCUCGGCGAGUUUGAAUUGGCCAUGCUAGAGCUGGAAGAGGAGGGGACGCUGGCAGACAUUACCGAGCCGUACUUCGACACGUCCCGGUGCGCCUACCUAGAGGACUACGAGGGCGCAAGCUCGACGUCCCAGAACCUUAAGCUGGUGGACCUGGCGGGCGUUUUUCUAAUCCUCACGAUGUUCAUGGCGGCGUCCCUGGUGGUGUGGGUGUUCCGCAAGUCGUUCCAGGCCAAGAAGAAGUGGUCGGCGUACCGCGUUGAGCAGAAGGAGCGGCGGCAGUCGCUCACCAACGCGAAGACGUCGGGGGAAGAGGUGGGUCAUUUAGACCCCGACCAAGACCUCGACACACGGACCAACAGCUGGCCGCUGCUCUCUCCCAAGGCACCUGCUUCUUCGACCUCCUUCGCGAUGACGAUGUAG